AUGGAUCAUUAUAGCAUGAAAUUAAUAGAAGAUCUUCCAGUGGAUGGAAUAACUACAACAAAUGAUAUCGUGAAAAACAAUGGACCAAAAAAGCCUACAAGUUCUUCAUCAUACAGCAAGCUCAAAGUGGAAAUGCAAACACUGCAGAUAUCUGAGGAAUCUGAACGACAGCUAUAUGAUACUCUCAAACAUAUUUAUGGAGCUAAAUUCAAACUUUCUGAUGCCUCUGAGUUUGAGAACAAAAAGUCAAACUUAAACAAGCAGUACUGGAUGGAACGUGGUAAUUUGGUUGUGAAAGAAAUAGUGGAUUAUUCUUCCAAAGACACAACUUCCAAAAGUGAAGAGCAAAUAACAAGGGAAUUUGCAACUUCUAAAUUGGAGAGCUAUGGUUUUCAUGUCUCACAUUGCAUAGAAGCUUUAAUGCACACAGAUGGUGAUUUAGGUAAAGCUUUAGAAGUACUGUUUUACAAGUACUAUGGAAUUGAGGAGAUUUCACAAAAUAAAGAUUCUGUAGACAUUGAUGAAGCUAAUCUAUUGGUGCAGUUAUAUGAAGAGAAAGAAAUAAUGGAAUCUAUAUAUGGGGAGGCUUUUCAUGAGAAAAUAAAAAAUUGUAUUUGGACGGUACAAUUGAAAUUAAAUUAUUUAACAAAUAAUCAGGAAACUGAGAGAGUUGUUGUAAAAGAGAAAAAGCAAGAGAAGGAGAAAGAGAUAUGUCGACUUUUUGUACGCAAUAAAUGCAGAUUUGGUGACAAGUGUAGAUUUUUGCAUCAACUGCCAAAGAAAGUAUCAAACACACCAAUUCAGAAAGAUCCAUAUUUUACAUUAGAAAUAAGAUUUCCUGAAGGUUGUAAGUAUCCAUAUGAAGCGCCCUAUUUUUAUAUUUAUAAGAACGAUGGGAUGUUUCCACGUAUUGAUUGCCUAAGAAUAGCCAGAAAAUUGCAUAACCACGCAUUAUCAUUAGCCAAUCAAGGCACAUCUUCGUUAUUUUCCACAAUUUCAUUGUUGGAGUAUGAUGAUGAAUAUAAGAUAAAAACCUAUUUAGAGGAGAACAGAGAACAAUUUUUGGAUCAAUUCGAGCCAUUGUUUUCAAAGAAACCGGAAAAUGAGGAGGAGGAAGAAAAUGCAGCCAGUCAUUAUAAACUCGGUAGCACUAAUAAGAAAAACAGAGAUCGUAUUUCCUGGGAAGAGAUCAUCAAAGAGGACAAUUUAAUAGAAAAAAGAUUUAAAGAGAAACAGAAGAACACUAAUUACAGAAAAAUGAAGGAGACACGAAAGAAAUUGCCUGUAUGGUCUAAUAUGACUAAAAUUUUAGAAACUGUACAACAGAAUCAGGUUGUUAUUAUUUCAGGUGAAACCGGAUGUGGUAAGAGUACUCAGGUGCCGCAAUUUAUUUUAGACGACUGGAUUAUUAACAGAUCACAGUCAGAGGAUAAGCUUCAUGUAAAUAUAGUGUGUACUCAACCCAGAAGAAUAAGCGCUAUAGGAGUUGCGGAACGAGUGGCGGCGGAGAGAGACGAAAAUAUAGGAGAUUCUGUCGGUUACCAAAUACGUUUAGAGAGUAAGAUGUCCAGUAAAACAAGAUUGACGUUCUGCACCACGGGGAUACUACUGCAGAGAUUAUCUGCGAGUUUCGAGUUACCGGACGUGACUCACGUCAUAGUCGACGAGGUGCACGAGAGGAGCGCUGAGAGCGAUUUGCUGCUGAUGCUUUUAAAGGAAUUAUUAUUGAAAAGACCGACUUUGAAAGUGAUACUGAUGAGCGCGACGCUCAAAUCCGACACGUUUUCCUCGUACUUUGAACAAGCGCCGGUCUUAAAUAUCCCGGGAAUGACUUUUCCGGUGGAGCAAAUCUUUCUUGAAGAUGCAUUUGAAAGAAUAGAAUAUGUUGUCGAGGAAAAUUCAAAAUUUACACGUACAAUUAGGGGCGGUUGGGACCAACUUGAAAUCGAUUUGGAAGUCGCUGAUAUCGAAGGAAUACCUGCUAACACUCCCAAAGAAUCUAUCCAAGAUGAGAAUUUGACGUUAAAACAACUUGUUAGCAGAUAUCAUGGUUACUCCAGACAAACGUAUAAAAAUUUAUAUAUUAUAGAUCAUAAAAAGAUUAAUUUUGAAUUUAUAGAGAAGAUUCUGGAAUGGAUUGUUUUUGGAGAACACGACUACCCCAGAACAGGUUCUAUUCUAGUAUUUCUGCCAGGCUUUGCUGAAAUUCUCACUUUAAAAGAUCAAUUGUACGAUAAUAAGUACCUCUCACCGAAGACUAAACAAUUCGUCGUCGUGCCGUUACACUCGAGUCUCUCUAAUGAAGAACAAAGUCUCGUAUUUCAGAAAACCAAAAACGGCGUCCGUAAAAUUGUACUCAGCACAAAUAUGGCUGAAACGUCUAUUACUAUAGACGAUUGCGUUUUCGUGAUCGAUACAGGAAUGAUGAAAGAAAAUAGGUUUAACUCGGGCUUGAACAUGGAGAGUCUAGAGACUUGUUGGGUGUCACGGGCGAAUGCUAUGCAGAGAAAAGGUCGAGCUGGUCGAGUAAUGCCCGGAGUCUGUAUUCACUUGUACACUUCGUACAGAUUUAAAUAUCAUUUCGCUGGACAACCUGUACCCGAAAUACUGAGAAUUUCUCUGGAACCACUACUUUUACGUAUUCGGUUUAUGCAUAAAGAGAAAAUGAUGGAUCUGCAUAAGAUAUUUGAAAGAAUGUUGGAACCACCCACGCACGAAAAUAUCACGAAUUCCAUAAAACGCUUGCAGGAUGUCGGUGCGUUUGACUCAAGAUGUAUGUUAACGCCACUCGGUCAUCACUUAGCCUCGUUACCUGUGAACGCAAAAAUCGGGAAAUUGAUAUUAUUCGGUGCGAUUUUCUGCUGCUUGGAUUCUGCGCUGACUAUCGCAGCCUGUUUAUCGUACAAGAAUCCGUUUUACGUACCAUUCGAGAAGAGACACGAGGUUGAUCCCAAGCAAGAAUUCUUCGUGGCUAACUCGGAUCAGUUAACCGUUCUCAAGGCUUAUAAGAAAUGGUUAUCCGUUCGUUCACGAGGCGCUCAAGCGGCACAAGUGUUCGCCAACUUGAACUACUUAUCCGUGCAAACCUUUCAUACUUUGGCGGAUAUAAAGUACCAGUUCUUGGAAUUGCUGGUAUCGAUCGGUUUCGCACCUGUCGACUUACCUAAGAGACGGCCAAAUGUUGACAAUAUUUUAGAGAUUACUGGUCCUGAAUUGAAUGUCAACAAUGACAACUACAAGUUGCUGCAAGGUCUCCUCUGCGCGGCGUUGUAUCCCAACGUGGUAAAGGUUUUCACACCGGCAAAGUCAUUCCAAGUGCAAUCAGCUGGUGCAGUUCCUGUUCUGCCUAAACCAGAGGAGUUGCGUUUUCAAACCAAGGAUGACUGUUUUGUCUACAUCCAUCCGUCGUCUGUGAAUUUUCGCACCAGUCACUAUACAAGUCCGUAUCUAGUAUACCAAGAAAAGAUUAAAACCAGUCGAGUUUACAUCAAAGAGGUUUCUAUGAUACCAAGCUUACCAUUAUUAUUAUUCUCUGGUUAUCAAUUAAACAUGGAAUUGCAUAAUGGCACAUUCAUUCUGUCCUUGGGGGAUGGCUGGAUCAUGUUUGUAGUGGAGUCACAUAGGGUGGGUCAACUUUUGCAACGUAUAAGAACAGAACUAGCAAAAUUGUUACAACAAAAGAUGCAGGAUCCUCUGUUAAAUCUUUUAAAUCAUCAAGAGGGCAAACAAAUUAUACGUACGAUUGUAAACAUAAUAACAAAAACAUAGACAAAUGUUGUUAAAUAUUUCACUAAAACUUUGCGAAGCAUAUUUACAGUUACCAUGGAUAUAAAAGAAUAUUUUCUUUAAAUAAGAUGAUUAUGUGCUUACCUAGACAAUGUGAAUAAGAACAUGUUUUUUUUUACCUGAGUAAUUCACUGUGAUAAGCCAAUUGAUAUCAAACUAUUUACUCAAACAUGCUGUAAUACAAGAAAUGCUAUGAAUUUUGUGCGAAGUAAUAAAAAUUAUUUCUUGAUAAUAA